GGCUCCCGGGGCUGGCAGGAGGCUCCCAGCACGCCGGGCCCUUCCAGGCACGCGGGCUCCCGACCGGACCCGGCCGGGCAAGGCGGCCCCGCGCGCGCCCGUGUCCCGCCGCGCCGCGCGCCGCCCGGUUGCCGUGGGAACCAGAAAGCGCGGCUGCGCCCGCAGACCCGCCUGUGUCUGAGGGCCAAGGGACACUGAGGCAGGCAUGGAGCUGCCGGAUCCGGUUCGCCAGCGGCUGGGGAACUUCAGCCGAACCGUGUUCAGCGACUCCAGCCGGACAGGGCCGGAGUACAGCGAGGGCCCGGAUAAUGAGAUGGUCUCCAGUCUGGCAUUGCAGAUGUCACUUUAUUUUAACACUUACUUUUUCCCACUUUGGUGGGUAAGCUGCAUUAUGAUGCUUUACAUAAAGUAUUCAAUUUUGCCUGAUUACUACAAAUUCAUUGUGAUCACUGUUAUCAUCCUAAUAACCUUAAUUGAAGCCAUCCGAUUGUAUCUGGGCUACAUGGGUAACCUACAGGAAAAGGUUCCUGAGUUGGCUGGCUUUUGGCUUUUGAGCCUUCUAUUGCAGUUACCUUUAAUUCUUUUCUUGCUCUUAAAUGAAGGCCUAAUAAGUCUGCCUUUGGAAAAAGCAAUACAUAUCAUCUUCACCAUCUUCCUAACUUUCCAAGUUGUUGUAGCAUUUCUUACCUUGAAGAAAAUGGUCAAUCAGUUGGCAGUUCGUUUCCACCUCCAAGACUUUGAUCGGCUCUCUGCAAACAGAGGAGACGUGGGAAGGAUGAGGUCAGGUAUAGAAGAAAUCUGAUCUAGUGCUGUUGAGUGAAAAUCUAAAAGAUCAUUCUAGAAGACUGCAAGAGUUAGGAAAAUAUCACAGGUCUAACAUGAGAAAAGGUACAGAGCAAGUGUUUUGAAUUGUAUACUCUCUAGAUCUGAAAUUCCAAGGCUAGGGGCAAUGAUAAGACUUUGCACAGUAUGUGAAAGCAGUAUAUUAGCCCUAAAAUCUAGAUGUUCUUCACCUGAUGCCAAAUUUCUUAAAUUUUUUGAUGUUGACUUUUUCAGGUGUGUAGAAAUCUCUCUAUUGGUGAUUGUAAUUUACUAGCUUUACUGUAAUAUUUAUAAUAUUACUGUAAUAUUUACAGUAAUAUUUACAGUUAGGAUCUAUAGCUAGAAAUGUGUACAUUUCUUUUAAACUUGAUUAGCCAUAUCUUGGCUGUACCUCUGACCAUGUUUCUUGAAGUACAUGGAAAUGCUAGUCAGUAUUCUUGUGUAUUAGACUAUAUUUAUAAACCAAAAAAUCAAAUUUUCAUGUCUGCUAGGGUUGAACUGUAACCCUAAUCUUAGCUGUUAUACUGAGGUUAAGAAGAAAACAGGUGGAUUAUCACAGUAUUUAAGAAAUAUUUUUGUCAUAAAAUUAUAACUUUCAUAAAACCAUGUUCAGUACUUGCAG